UGGGGCGGGUGCAGCUCUUCGAGGUCUGCCUGAGCCACGGUCGCGUCGUCUACAGCCCCGGAGAGCCGCUGGUGGGGGCCGUGCGCGUGCGCCUGGGGGCGCCGCUGCCCUUCCGAGAUCCUCUGAGUCCUUGCAUGGUGGACCGGUCAGUCCUUCUGGUGCCUGCUGAGAAUGCCCUUGUCCUGAUGAGUCUGACUCUUGACUUUGACAUGUUUGAGGCCACAGGGUCUAGGAAGAAGCUGAGUGGGUAAAGUCAUGCUUCCGCAGCUGGGGCCCAGGGCAAGCAAGCCGCUACUGACCAGUGUGGAGGGAUGGCCUGGCCUGCUCAGAGUCCCCCAGCUUCCAUGAGCCAUCCGGGUGACCUGCAUGGGUUCCUGCAGGGUGUCCAACAAGGCCAACGAUGCCGCGUGGGUGGUGGAGGAGGCUUACUUCAACAGUGCUCUGUCGCUGGCUGACAAGGGGAGCCUGCCAGCUGGAGAACACAGCUUCCCCUUCCAGUUCCUGCUUCCUGCCACAGCACCCACAUCCUUCGAGGGCCUCUUUGGGAAGAUCGUGUACCAGGUGCGGGCCACCAUCGACACACCACGUUUUUCCAAGGAUCACCAGUGCAGCCGUGUGUUCUAUAUUUUGAGUCCCCUGAACCUGAACAGCAUCCCAGACAUCGAGCAACCCAACGUGGCCUCCACUACCAAGAAGUUCUCCUACAAGCUGGUGAAGACGGGCAGCGUGGUCCUUACUGCCAGCACUGACCUCCGUGGCUACGUGGUGGGGCAGGUGCUGCGGUUGCAGGCUGACAUCGAGAACCAGUCAGGCAAGGACACCAGCCCCGUGGUAGCCAGUCUGCUGCAGAAAGUGUCCUACCAGGCCAAGCGCUGGAUCUAUGAUGUGCGGACCAUCGCAGAGGUAGAGGGUGCGGGCGUGAAGGCCUGGAGGCGGGCACAGUGGCAAGAGCAGAUCCUGGUGCCUGCCCUGCCCCAGUCAGCCCUGCCAGGCUGCAGCCUCAUCCAUGUGGACUACUAUCUACAGGUCUCCCUGAAGGUGCCUGAAGCCACCGUGACCCUCCCUGUCUUCAUCGGCAAUAUUGCUGUGAACCAUGCCCCGCUGAGCCCCCGGCUGGGCCCAGGGCCGCCUCCUGGGGCCCCAAUCCCUGUGGUGCCCUCAGCACCGCCCCAGGAGGAGGCUGAGGCUGCAGCCAGCAGCCCCCAUUUUGCAGAUGCAGUCUCUCUCUCCACGAAGAGCCACUCACAACAGCAGCUGUUACCUGCCACCUUCGGCUCCAUGCCUGGUGCCCCUGAACCCCGCCCUCAAGAUGGCAGCCCCGCUCCCCACCCCUUGCCCCCUCCCUUGUGCAUCUCCACAGGUGCCACCGUCCCCUACUUUGCAGAGGGUUCCGCAGGGCCAGUGCCCACCACCAGUACCUUGAUCCUGCCCCCAGAGUACAGCUCAUGGGGCUAUCCCUAUGAAGCCCCACCAUCCUAUGAGCAGAGCUGUGGCGGUGCAGAUCCCAGCCUGACGCCCAGGAGCUGACCCUGUGCUGUCUUCUCCGGGUGGGCUGACCUUUGCCCUGGGACCAGGCACCCAGGGCCUCGUGCCUUCUUCACUCCUGGCCUGACCCGGCCCACUCAGGACCCCUGCUGCCCGGCUGCUCCUUUCAGCCUCCACCUGGGGCCCAGCCUCUCCCCGGGGCCUGGGGCCUAGAGAGAUGCCAUGUAAAUAAAGUGCUUCGUUUGUAGAGCUGGUCACCGGCUGGCCUCUGGGCCACCCUCCUCCUGCCUGCCCAGUGCAGUGCGCAGGCAUGUUCCCCACUCCUGGCCCUGCUCUCCUUUCCUUCAGACCUGGGAGCCUGCCUAUGGGCUGUCCCACCCCCUCCGGGGCACAGCCCCUCUCCUGGGUUCUGGGCCCCUCUUCCUGCCAGGUGUCUAGGUUGGAAGACUGGCUGGGGGAGUGGGACCAGCGUGGGCUGGGUGCCUUUAACUCAUCUUCAUGGUUCUGCUUCAGGAUGCACCCUCCAAGCGGGGCUGGCAUGUGUGGAGCCUUUGUUUAACUUAAAAUGUAUUUGUAACACAGGGAGAGGACCACCCCUGUAACGUUUUAUUGACACACCUUGGGCUUGCCCAUCUGGCACCCAUCGUUCUGAGUGGCAGUUCAGACCUCCUGCACUAGAGGAAAUCCCAUGGGGGGUAAGGAGGAGGGCUGGCCCAAGUCCCCGCCCCUUGUGGGGUUCCCUUACCCUUGUACUCAAGCCUCAAGUCCACGGCGGCCGUGUCUGGCUCUGAGGGAGACUGAUGCUUGUCUCCCAUCCAAGGGUGAACACACAAGCCCAUGCCUGCUCCUGAGGUCCCUUUCAAAUGCCUGUUGUCUAGGAUCCAAGGAACCCAAGAACAAAUAAAGUCAGGGUUCGGCAGA